CGAACGGGGCGCUAAUGACUAUCGGGACGCUGUCAGCCGAUAGCGUAUCGGAGUCAGGUCUGGUGGCCGCACACAAAGUCCGGUAGGACUCCGAUGGCGAGAUAUUCCGAUAGGGUGUCGGGUUACAGCUAACGACUGCGCGCGUAAUUGUUGUCAUGGAUAACACAGACUGAAAUGAAUUUCUGGUGCACUAAUUUUAGAUUUCUAUUGUUUGUCUUCCGGGAACGGCUCGCUGACUCGCCAAGUGCAUGCGGGUAACUCUGUUGGUGUCAAUAUCACAGUAAACACGCAUACAUAGAUAUAAGUGAAAAUGACUGAAAAGAAGACCAAGCGGCCUAGGGCAAUGGAUUAUAACCCGGAGGAAAAAAAUACCAUCUUAGCAUUAUUCGCCAGGCAUCAUGAGAAAUUAGAAGGCUCAUUCUCUAAUGAAUUGUCCCACAAAGACAAAAAGAAAAUUAGGGAAGAAAUAACGAACGCAGUUAAUGCUAUCAGUCCUACCGAGAGAUCAUGGGACAGUAUUAGUGAAAAGUGGGGAAAAUUAAAGCGGGACGUCAAAGUUAAGGCGGCGAAACGACGUUGCGACCGUGCAAAAGAGAUGAGGAAAACGGGAGGAGGAGAGUGUACCACGGUGGAUGCCGAAGAUCUCGAAUUCUUGACAGAGCAAGAACAGACCAUCUACCAUUGUAUACCAUUGGAGAAGAUAACAGGAAUAAUUGGCGGUUUUGCAUCUAAUGUGGCUGCUUCUAGUACGUUACGCCCGACUAAUGAUGCCCCAUCCACGUUUAAGUACCAACAUGAUAUGCCGCAAGUCGAUCGGAUACGCCUGCGAGUCGACCGGAUACACCUGUCAGUCGACUGGAUACACCUGUCAGUCGAUCGGAUACGUCCGUCAGUCGAUCGGAUACGCCCGUCAGUCAACCGGAUACACCUGUCAGUUGAUCAGAUACGUCCGUCAGUUGAUCGGAUACGCCCGUCAGUCGAUCGGAUACGCGCACGCCUUCGUCAACGAAACGAAAACGUGCUAAGGGUACUACCAGAAGAUGCUCAAGAUAGAGAAGAAAAACCUUAAAGUGCAGAAAGAAAUGUACCACUUAAAGCAGUGGUACUACCACGAGAAACUAAGGAGGCAGUACUCUUCAACACCCUACCAGUCUCCAAAACCCCUAAACGCUCAACUGACUGAACUGGUUCCCGUUGUGAGUGACCCCAACAUUUGGCAACCAUUCAAUUCCUUAAAUUAGGCCGGUUGUCCAUUUGCACGUAAAGAACGCGUUAUGCGUAGUGCGUGGAAAUGGUAUGUAGCUUUUUCAAUUUGUUGACUGCACGCACUGCGCAUUACGAGUGUUUUUACGCACACAUGGACAACCUGCUUAAGCA